UCGGAGCAAUUAAAUGUAUUUUAAAUGACAAUUAUUAUUGCAGUUUAACAACCUUUGAGUGUUUUAUGUGAAACGAAUCAAUUGUAAUCGAAUAUCUACAUGCGCACAACAAAAUUACAUACAUGCGUAGAUGCGUACACUUAAAAACUAAGUGUAAUGCAAUAUGUAUAUAUAUACAUAAAUAUAUAAUAUACGACUCUGAAAAUAACUGGUUGAUAAUGUUUCGCAAAUUAACUACAUAGUACCCACUCAUAAGAGAGUUUAUCUCAAAUUACUUUAUCAUUACAUAGUAUAGUGACAUAUCUAUCUCGUAUAUGCAAAUCGUUGAGUAAAAAUUUUUUAAAAAAAUUCAAAGUUAAUAUUCAACAUACAUGUAAUUUAUUUGCAAAGUAGUUUUUAAAUUUAUUCGUACAUCGGGUAUGUGCUUUUUAUGUUUUUUUACAAGAGUGGGGAGUUGUUUGGCCACCAUAUAAAUAUUCCAUUCGUCAGUAUCGUUUGUCAGUUGUGGACGUUGCCCUGAAUUACCAAGGGCAUUUAUAAGUGUACUUUUUUGAAUUUUCUUUACUGUACCUAGUCCCUUUUUUUUUACUUAACACGCAUUUUGAACUUAAUACGCAUUUUUAUUUUUACAUUUUUAUAUUUGUACUUAUAUUCCACCCCUAAAUAUUCAUAUUUUUUUAACUAACAUAUUUUUUAUAUAAAUAUUUAAAACCCACUAAAAAAUACAAAAAUGGGUUUGAGAAUUUUGGUGAAAGUCUGUGAAGCGAAUAUUUUCUCACGAGCUGUAUCAGGUAAAAAAUCAUGGAUCAUUUUCGGGAGACAUUUCAGUUGCAGCACGACCAUGUCAAGGACGAUGCUCAAAGAUUCGCCCAACGCGGCACUCAAUAAAUCAUUGCUGACCAAAUACUUGGAUUUACCUCAACCUGAUGAUAAAAUCCAGGCCAAAUACAUCUGGAUCGAUGGUACCGGCGAGGGAUUACGAUCCAAGACAAGAACACUGGACUUUGUACCGAAACAUCCAUCGGAACUUCCCAAGUGGACGUACGAUGGUAGCUCGACUUAUCAAGCUGAUGGUGCCAAUAGUGAUAUAUUCUUAGAACCAGUAGCUAUUUACCGUGAUCCAAUUCGUCGUGGGAACAAUAAACUCGUUCUCUGCGAGACAUUUACCAGCGACAAUAAACCAACUGCAACAAACAAACGGUACAGAUGUAAUCAAGCGAUGGAGGCUGUUAAAUCAGAAGAACCCUGGUUUGGUAUUGAACAGGAAUAUACUUUCCUUGACUUUGACAACAGGCCAUUGGGCUGGCCGAAAAAUGGUUUCCCUGGUCCCCAGGGUCCUUAUUACUGUGGAGUAGGUGCCGACAGAGUUAUUGGCCGGGAAAUUGUUGAAGCUCACUACCGCGCUUGCAUGUACGCUGGUGUAAACAUUGCUGGCACUAAUGCCGAAGUGAUGCCAUCGCAAUGGGAGUUCCAAGUUGGACCCUGUGUUGGAAUUAGUGGUGGUGAUGAUCUCUGGAUAGCACGUUUCUUACUGCAUCGUAUUGCCGAAGAGUACGGUGUCAUUGUAACACUCGACCCCAAACCCGUUGAUGGAUCCUGGAACGGAGCGGGUGCUCACACAAAUUUCUCAACAAAAUCAAUGCGUGCCAACAACGGUAUCGUUGAAAUUGAAAAGGCCAUUGAAAAAUUGAGCAAACAACACGUAAGACACAUCCAGGCUUACGAUCCACGUGGAGGAAAAGACAACGAACGUCGUCUUACUGGUAAAUGCGAAACGAGCAGUAUCCAUGACUUUAGUGCUGGGGUUGCCAACAGAAACGUCAGUAUUCGUAUUCCACGUGGUGUUGCUGAAGAUAAAAAAGGUUACUUGGAAGACAGAAGGCCCAGCAGUAAUUGCGAUCCGUAUUCUGUUUGUGAUGCAUUGGUUCGUACAUGCUUGCUGAAUGAGUAAUUUUUUUUCCCAUUGUCAUGUUUAUUUCAAUGUAAAACUAGAUAAUUUAAACAAUGAUACAAAUGUUACAACACAUGUGGAAUUUAAAAUUUAUCCUUUAAAAUUGUUUAAAGAGAAAAGAUAAAUAUAAAUAAAAAAUCUCUUUAUGUUAGUUGAAUAAUUGUCGAGUAGAUUAAUGAAUAAUAUUUAAAUUAUUCAUUAAAAAUGUCUCUAUUGAUCUACGUAAAUUUUAUUUUUUUGUCUAAGACAAUUACUUUAUUAAAUAAAUAAAUAUGUAACUAAAUGUCUUUUGAUAUCUUGAGAUAUUAAAAGUGUAGGUAUUGCGUAUUUUUAUUGGCAAUUAUUAUUAUUACGAGUAUAGAUUUAUUAUCAAACAGUAAUAGAAAAUUUUUUAAAAUAUUUUUGAUAAGUGAGCUUGUAUUUUAUCUAUUUUAGCGAGGGUGCCUUCCAUGUGCGGUCUGCAUAAUAAAUGUUAUUAUUUUUAUUUAAACGAUUAGACUAAAGAGCAAAGAGAAUGUCUAGGGUAGAAGGAAAAAAAUAAGAAAUUGCUGGCAAUAAUUUA